AUUAUACUCCACUUAGUAUUGACUCUUCUCAAAACACACAACUCCAUUAAACCAUGGCUACCUCCACUCUUCACAAGCUACUCUCAACUCUAGCCUUUCUCUCAACAAUCUUCAACUUUCCGGCCCCCACGACGUCGCAGGAGUGCCCGUAUCCGUGUUAUCCGCCGCCUAUAGGCCCCGGAGAAAUCCCUCCGGUGACCACAACGCCGCCUUCUACCACUUUCUCCCCUCCAGCCCUCUCCAACAACCCUCCUGCCGGAAUCUUCCCAUACGAUCCACCACCAACCUCUACUUACGGCGGCGCACAGCCGCCGCCGGAGCCUAUAGUGCCGUGGUUUCCUUAUUACUACCGGAAGCCACCACAUCAAGAUCAGUCUUCAUCAACUGCUGCUCAAGGAUCAAUCCUCAUCGUUUUCUUUAUUUCUGUUUUUUAUUAUUUUGCAUUCAAUUAAUAUUAAUUAGUAGUAGCUUUUUUCGUUUGAGGCGUGUCAUCAUUCACACAUAUUUUGCUAGUAUGAUUUUUUUUUUUUUU